CCUUAUCACCUGAUAUCAUGGCUGAUUGGAACAUAUAUAAUCAUUCCGCAGCCCUUGUGCUCAACCCUAGUCGAGAUGUUCAGUAUCAUGACCACGCCUUGCCGAUGGCUUCAAGCCAAGAGACGGUAGCCAUGUUUUCCUGGGAUCAAUUCGAUUUGCUACUUUCAAAAUUGGAGGAGCUUCGCAGCACCCCUUCCGCCGCCGCUGAGCUCACCCCUUGCCGAGAUGUUCAGGACCAUGCCUUUCUCCCGUCGAAGUUAUCGGAGAUCCAGAAAUCUCUGGUCGAUUGGAAGAAAUCAACAAUGGAGGAGUUUCGCCUAAUACGCUCUAGUAGUACUAGCCCCACUCCAUCCGAAACGACGGUGAUUGACGGCAGUCCCAACCACCCAUGAUCUGUGUUUCUAAUUGUGUGUUUCACUAAGGGAAAAUGCCGUCAUGCCAUAUAUGAAGUAAAAUUCAAACAUGGGGGAGAAGUUG